AUGGAGAGCCGGCGCCUGUCCUCCCACGGCCGCCGUUCCGGCCCCUCCAUGCCCGUGUACCGGGUGCUCCCCGCAAGCCCCCCGGGCCGGCUCCGGCUGAGUCCCCGCCUGGGUCCCCGCCUGGGCUCGGGCAGGGUGGAUUUCUCGCUGGCCACGGCGCUCAACUCGGAGUUCAGGGAGACGCGAACCAACGAGAAGGUGGAGAUGAUGGAGCUCAACGACCGCUUCGCCAGCUACAUCGAGAAGGUGCGGCUGCUGGAGCAGCAGAACAAGGUGCUGGUGCUGGAGCUCAACCAGGCUCGGGACCAGGAGCCCUCGCGCACGGCCGACAUCUACCAGGAGCAGCUGCGGGAGCUGCGGCGCCGCGUGGAGCACCUGGCCACUGCCAAGGCCCGGCUGGAGAUGGAGAGGGACAACCUGGCCCAGGACCUCGGCAGCCUCCAGCAGAAGCUGCAGGACGAGGUGACCCUGAGGCUGGAGGCUGAGAGCAACCUGGCUGCCUACAGGCAGGACGUGGACAAUGCUGCCUUGGCUCGCCUGGACCUGGAGCGGCGCGUGGGGACCCUGCAGGACGAGAUCGCCUUCCUCCAUAAGGUCCACGAGGAGGAGCUGCGGGAGCUGCAGGAGCAGCUGGCCCGGCAGCGAGUGCACAUCGAGGUGGACGCGAGCAAGCCGGACCUGACGGCCGCCCUGCGCGACAUCCGCAGCCAGUACGAGGCCAUGGCCGCCAGCAACGUCCAGGAGACCGAGGAGUGGUACAAGUCCAAGUUUGCAGAUCUGACGGACGCGGCCGCCCGGCACGCCGAGGCCUUGAGGGUGGCCAAGCAGGAGGCCAACGAGUACCGGCGCCAGCUCCAGGCCCUCACCUGCGACCUGGAGGCUCUGCGGGGCUCGAACGAGUCCCUGGAGAGGCAGCUGCGGGAGCUGGAGGAACGCUAUGCCCUGGAGACAGCUGGCUACCAGGACACGGUGGUGAGGCUGGAGGAGGACAUCCACAGCCUCAAGGAGGAGAUGGCCCAGCACCUGCAGGACUACCAGGACCUGCUCAACGUCAAGCUGGCCCUCGACAUGGAGAUCACCACAUACCGCAAGCUGCUGGAGGGCGAGGAGAGCAGGAUCACCAUCCCUGUGCAGAGCUUCUCCAACCUGCAGAUCCGAGAGACCAGCCUGGACACCAAAUCUGUGUCAGAAGCCCAUGUGAAGAGGAGCAUCGUGGUCAAAACUGUGGAGACCCGAGAUGGAGAGGUGCUGAAGGAGUCCAAGCAGGAGCACAAGGAGGUGCCGUAG